AUGACUAAUAACAUUAAAAAGAUUGCUGGUCUUAAUCCAUCUGAUUCAAAUCCAUAUUCAACAAUUAAAGAUUCAAGUGUAAAUGUAAUGGGAUUGAAUCAAGAUUGUAAUAGUUUAGUCAAUGGUAAUCCAUGGCGUAAUCCAUAUUCAAAUCCAUAUGUAUAUGAUGCAGCAACAGCUGUUGCUUUAGUUGGUUAUGGUCCUUAUGCAGCUGGUUAUUCUCCUCACAUGGAUUUAGCUGGUAGAAGAAAAAAUGCAACACGAGAAACAACAGCAACAUUAAAAGCAUGGCUAUAUGAACAUAGAAAAAAUCCUUAUCCAACCAAAUCAGAAAAAGUCUAUUUAGCUAUUAUGACCAAAAUGACAUUAACACAAGUUUCAACGUGGUUUGCUAAUGCUCGAAGAAGAUUAAAAAAAGAAAAUAAAAUGACUUGGUCUCCAAGAAAUAGAACAACUGAUGAUGAUGAUGAUCGACAUGGACUAGGAUCAAAUAGUGAUCAAUCUGAUGAUGAAUCAAUUUGUCCAACAACACAAACAACUAAUUCUUCAUCAAUACAACAACACCAUCAGCAACAAUCGCUGCAUCCACCACCACCACCACCGCCGCCGCCACUACCUUUAACAACAACAACAGGACCAACGUCAUUCCUAUCUAAUAUUCAUUAUUUAUCAAAUCCAUUAAGUAUAAUUCAACAUCAUAAUAGUCAACAACAAAAUAUUCACACAGAUGAAAUAAAUCGAAAAAGAAAAUUCGACGAAAAUGAAAUUCAAGAAAGAAAAAAGCCUUGUGGAAUUUGGUCGCUUGCUGAUAUGGCAGAAAAAAAUCAUAAUAAUAAAAUCAAUCAAUCAGCUAUUGAUAAACAACAAGAAACGAGAUCUUAUUCAAUAUCAUCAUCUUCAUCGUCAUCAAGAACACCGUCACCAUCUUCAUCUCCAACAUCGCCACAAGAAAAAGUACAAACAAUAGUUGGUGCAUUUAAACCUUUUAAAUGA